AUGCCCGCGGCGGAAUCUUACGAUACGAUCGACGUUUUUUUAGAAGAAAAUUCUAUGUUAAAAAGUGAAUUAUUCAAUAUAAGAAGUGGCCCACUGUUUACAGCAACGGAAUUGAUUAGGCACCCCGCGUGCGCCGCGAAUCUGCGCGUGACUACAAUAAUCGGUUGUUUCGGGACAUGCGCGGGCGCAUGGCUCAAAGUGUUCUCAGUGCCGCCGGAUAUGUUCUGGCUUGGCUUCCUCGGUCAAACCGUCGUGGCUAUAUCACAAGUAUUUGUGUUAAAUGUGCCUCCGAGACUGGCCGCGGUAUGGUUCGGAGAAGAUCAGGUGUCCGUCGCCUGCAGUAUUGGCGUAUUUGGGAACCAAGAGGGGCCACUAGGACAAGUGCAACAUCCUGUAGUCUCACGUUCGUUUUCCACUCGUGAUUAA